GCGUUUGUCUUCCUCGGGAUGUGAAAAGGGGGGCCGGGGCUUGUGUACUACUAUAGUUGGUUGGAGGCGGGCUAUUUUGGGCAAGUCUAUGUGCAGAGGCACCUCAAACGGAGAGAGGGAGAGGAAGAGAGCAGACACAGCGAGGAGAGGGAGAAAGGCGCACAGAUUUCAGUUGCAUCUGCUUCUCCCGCACACUGGAUGCGCGCAACAGAUCUACCUGACAGUGAAGGACAGACAGAAGGAAAUUGGGAUGCUUUUAUGGGCAUAAAUGCAACUUUAGCCAGCUUUCAUUUCACAGUCGAAUUUAUUUUUGUUUUUUUUGUUUUUCGCUGAUAAAGCGAUGCAUCUGCUGGUUGACGGAGCACAGCCCAUAGCAAGUUAAAGCUGGAAUCGACCUAUACUGCCUUUUGGAGCUUUUUUUUUUUUUUUUUAGAUCCGUUUGUUGCUUAUACAAAAUGCAAACAGGAGGAAUGAAAGGACUACCACUGACAAGAAUGUGGAAAGUUUUUGCUCUUUUGGCGCUGGCAACACAACACGUCUCCGGUAAGACAUUGAAAUAUCAGAUUUACGAGGAGCAGAAGGUGGGCACAGUUAUCGCCCGUUUGAGAGACGAUGUGGCUGAUGUCGUGGCAAAACUUCCGAGCUCGGUGUCGCUCCGCUUUAGAGCAAUGCAAAGAGGGAGCUCGUCUUUCCUCGCGCUGCGCGAGCAGGACGGCGAAAUCAGCAUCAGGACCAAAAUUGACCGUGAGAAACUCUGCGAAAAGAAUCUGAACUGUUCCAUUCAAUUUGAUGUGCUGACACUCCCUACUGAGCACCUGCAGCUAUUUCACGUCGAGGUGGAAGUGUUAGACAUCAACGAUAACGCACCCCAGUUUGCCCGCGCCGUCAUCCCCAUUGAGAUCUCCGAGAGCGCAGCCGUGGGAGCGCGCAUUCCCUUGGACAGUGCCACGGACCCCGACGUCGGAGAGAACUCACUCUACACGUAUGCCUUAGAGCCCAACAACUUCUUCAAGAUUGACAUCCAAUCCAGGACUGACGGUGCCAAAUACGCAGAGCUGGUGGUGCUCAGGGAGCUGGACCGAGAGGUGCGCUCCGGUUAUGAACUUCAGUACACGGCCUCUGACAGGGGCGUUCCCCCGAGGACGGGUUCAACCCUACUCAAAAUCAAUGUUGCUGACUCAAAUGACAACAGCCCGAUUUUUGACAAGUCGUCCUAUGUCAUAAAUCUCCCAGAAAACUCACCUGUUGGCACUCUGCUAAUUGACUUAAACGCCACUGACGUGGACGACGGGACAAACGCCAAAAUAGUCUACUCGUUCAGCAGUCACGUGUCCCCCAAAAUAAUGGAGACAUUCAGAAUUAACCCCGACAGCGGUCACCUGACCCUCGUCAGGCGUGUGGACUAUGAGACUGUUAACUCUUACGAUAUUGAUGUUCAAGCGCAAGACAUGGGUCCGAACUCCAUGCCAGCUCACUGCAAGAUCCUGGUGAAAGUGGUGGACGUGAACGACAACAAACCAGACAUAAGCAUCAACCUCAUGUCCUCACAGGGGAAUGGGGACGCAGCCUAUAUAUCUGAAGCUUCUCCUCUGGACACGUUUGUAGCUUUGGUGAGGGUGGAGGACUUGGACUCUGCUUUGAAUGGAGAAGUUGAGUGUAAACUUCACGGUCAAGGAUAUUUCAAACUGCAGAAGACGUACGAGAACAACUACAUGAUUUUGACUAACGUGUCUUUAGACCGAGAGAAGAGGUCAGAGUUCAGUCUGACAGUGGUGGCAGAGGAUAAGGGGACCCCGAGCCUCUCAACUGUCAAACACUUCACUGUGCAUGUCACUGAUGAGAAUGACAACCCACCACGUUUUGAGAAGGGGCGAUAUGAGAUCUUUAAAUCAGAAAACAACGCCCCAGGAGCAUAUCUGACUUCCAUCUUAGCCACUGACCCUGACCUCGAUGCCAAUGGACAGGUGAGCUACUCCAUCCUGGAGAACUCUGUUCAUGGGAGCUCCAUCUCAACCUAUGUCACCAUUGACCCCUCUAAUGGAGCCAUCUAUGCCCUGAGAACUUUUGAUCGUGAGGAUGUGAGUCGCAUCUCCUUUGUUGUUCAAGCUAAAGAUUCAGGGAAACCACCGCUGCUCAGCAACUCCACAGUUAUUCUGAAUAUUCUGGAUGAGAAUGACAAUCCUCCAGUGAUUGUAGUCCCCCAGCUAUGGAACUUCACUGCUGACGUCCCUGCGUCAAAGUUCACUGAGGCUGGACAUUUGGUGACCAUGGUCAGGGCGACUGAUCGGGACACAGGGGUCAACGCUGAGCUUAUUUGCUCCCUUGUCAGUGGCAACGAGGAGGGCUUCUUUCUUAUUGAUCCUAGAACAUGUGAGAUCCAUGCCAAUGCAAGCUUGGAGAACUUCCCCCAUGAGCAUGCCGAGCUGACAGUGAUGGUACGGGAUCAGGGGAGGGAGAGCCUCAGUGCUAAGGCGGUGCUUAAACUUACCCUUUAUGAGAACUUAGAGAACCACGUGCAGGUGAUGGAUCAGGGAGAGUCUGCUCUCGAUGCAUCCCUGAUAAUCAUCAUCUCUCUGGGGGCGAUCUGCGCCCUGCUCCUGGUCAUCAUGGUGGUGUUUGCUGCUCGCUGUAACAGGGAGAAGAAAGACACAAGAAACUCUUACAACUGCCGGGUGACCGAGCUGACCCACUCACACCACCCCAAGAAACCCUCCCGUCAAAUCCACAAAGGUGAUAUCACCCUGGUUCCCACAGUGAACGGUACGCUGCCCAUCAGAGCUCAUCACAGGUCGCCUUCGUCCACACCCCCCAUGGACCGGGCUCAGAUCGGGAGCAGGCAGAAUCACCACAGCCACCAGUCUCUAAACAGCCUAGUGACCAUCUCGUCCAAUCACAUUCCAGAGAGCUUUGCACUGGAACUGGCACACGCAACUCCCCCAGUGGAGCAAGUCUCACAGCUUCUGUCCAUGCUCCAUCAGGGCCAGUACCAGCCCAGACCCAGUUUCCGUGGCAACAAAUACUCCCGCAGCUACAGGUAUGCAUUACAAGACAUGGACAAGUUCAGCCUGAAGGACAGUGGCCGUGGGGACAGCGAGGCGGGGGACAGUGAUUGUGAUAUGGGCCGGGAAUCUCCUGUGGACAGACUGCUGCUGGGGGAGGGCUUUUCUGAUCUGAUACAACUUGAAAUGCAUCAUCGACUCCACCCAGCUAUGAGACUGUGCACAGAUGAAUGUCGCAUCCUCGGACACUCUGACCAGUGCUGGAUGCCCCCUCUCUCUUCACCUGCCUCCUCCUCUGACUAUCGCAACAACAUGUACAUCCCCGGGGAGGAGUCCUCACAGCAGCCCCCGGUGACUGACGAUGACCAGUCCUCCGUUGACUCGGAGCGCCGUAAGAGUUUCUCCACUUUUGGCAAAGAGUGCGGUGAGGAGGCGGGGGCUGGGGGAGUUGUUUCAGGAGGAGGAAGUGAUGCUUGUGCAUCUGGAGGAGGGGCUGGCUCCCUCCUCACAGAGAUGAACUCUGUAUUCCAGCGCCUCCUCCCCCCUAAUGUAGACUCAUACACAGAAUGCACUGAAACGAGCCCGCCUUCAUCCUCAUCAACCGCUGAGAGAGGAAGCACGCGGAAUGGAAACAUUGCUGGUAACCAUAGUAACAACGCUGUUCCUCAGGACAACCGGAGAGGUUUGUUGCCAGGUGGGAAAGGUUCUGCUUACCCCCCAGGUGUUGCUGCAUGGGCAGCCAAUACCCACUAUUUAAAUCCUGGAAAUGGAUCUGUGGCAGCCAAUCAUGUUUCCUCAUCUUCUUCAACCACCUCCAGUUCCACCCCGACCAAUGGACAGCCACCACACCUCAAAUGGCUGCCAGCCAUGGAGGAAAUCCCAGAGAAUUUUGAGGAGGAUGACUUUGAUGGUGUCUUCCAUCAGGGUCACCAGGGUGCCAAGCGCAGCGAGAGCCGCCAGGAGGCCAACAUGGAUGCUAGCGAGUUAGUUCAUGAGAUCAACAAACUUCUGCAGGACGUCAGACAGAACUAGAGAGAAAAAGAGAGAGAACGCAAAGCAUGAUUUCACAUUUCACAUCAUCCUGGCGACUGCUUGUUCUUUGUGCCAACAUAUAUCAGCUUUAUUAAGACUGUUUCUUGUUCACUGUAAUGCUCGUCUUGUAUAUUUUACCAAAUAACCUCUUCUCUGCUCAGUGCUGAGAGACUCAGAGAAAGUAAAACCAUGCACUGAAGUUGUGAUUGAGGUGACUUAAAGACAUCAAAGCGAGCUCUCCAAGAACAGAUUGCUCAGUUGUUAUUACAAUCUCUCUGAAAUUCGUCUGAGAGAUUUCAAAAGGAAAUUCUCCAACAGAAACUGUACUCCUUUCUUCAUUUGUAAUGUUUACAGCGGCGUGAACAGACUCCACGGGGAGAAACCAACAGUUGUGUGAUCUGAUUUCUGCUAUUACAGUGUACAAUAUGUACAGUGUCUGUGGGAAAAGGCAAACUCACUUGAAUAUUGUGCUAUGUCUCUGUUUUGUUAAAAUGGAAUGUAACUGUACAAUUUGACCUUUGUAUUUUAAAAAUACACUCUUUUUUACUUCUAUAUAUUUAUAUGUGUCCAUGUAUGUUUGUACAGAAAAAUAAAGAAAAUGUCUAUUUUUUAUAUUUGUCACUGCAUGUCUUAAUAUUACUUAAUGUGUCUUUUUUUCCCUCUGCCCUGUUUAUUUUAUAAAACAAUUGUAUUUAAUUUUGUUAUUGGAUGUAUGUGCGUAUCAAAAAAUCACAUUCCUCUGCGGUUUCAAGUUGGAAGUUGGUUUUGUAUGGUGACAUUGUGACCAAUUGAUGAUAAAUAAAGUUGGAGGGAUUCAUAG